AAACCCACAUAUCCAGAUCACCAUCAACUUCAUAGACAUGGCCAAGCAAAAUAUUGUCGUGAAGGUGUCCAUGAACAACGACAAGAAAACUCGUAAGGCUCUCAAGAUCGUGGUUGGUGUCUCCGGCGUGGAAUCAGUGGCUUUGUUUGGUUCAAAUAAAGAUCAAAUCAAGGUCACGGGUGAAGGAAUUGACUCGGUCAAACUGGCGACGCUGCUAAGGAGAGGUGUAGGAUGCACAGAGCUGGUGAGUGUUGGUCAGGCGGAGGAGAAGAAACCCGCUAACACCACCACCACUGCUGCCGCCAGUCAAACUCCAGCUACGGUGGUGCCGCUGCAAGUUUAUCCUCACCAUUAUAGCUGCCAUGGAGGGCCGUACUACCAUUUCUAAUUAAUGGAACGAAGAUCCCUCUUGCACCAUUAAUUAUGUAGGAUUGUAUCAACCGAGACAGAGUGAAUU